UUUCACAUGAUUUAUCAUCCUCCCCGCCCAAAUUCAAAACCACCACAAAAUUUUUUACCAUGAACUACGCCACCACUUCCGAUCACCAUCACCGAUCAUUCAUUUCCGAUCAUCUCCGGCACCGGCAACACCACCAGAACACAUGUUCACAAAACCACACUUCAUCUCUAAUACUCGAAACAAUCGAAGGCGGAUCGAUUUGCUUAAUCUGUUUAUCAAAUUUAAUCACAAACCCUAACUCCCCAACCGUCCACGUCUCUUAUGCGCUUUCGCAGCUCUCUAUCGCGAUCUCUCAGCCGCAGUUUUUGAAUAACCUGAUCACUUUUCAUCCUCAUUUUUUAGUUUCUCCACUUGUGACUGCGAUUUGUAGCUUUGAUGAUGAAGCGCUUGCGAAACAGAUUAUUGAUUUGAUUGGUGAACUGUGUAGGUCAGAUGGUGGUUGUGAGAUUUAUGGUGAGUUUGUUGCUAGGGUUUCCGAUCGGUUGUGUUCUGGUUCGUUAGCUUGGAGUAGACGCCAGAUUUAUAUGCUACAUUGCUUAGGUGUUUUGUUAGAUUAUCAGAAGAAUGAUUCUUACACAUAUAUCAAAGACAGGGAUGCACUUUAUCUGAACCUUGUAACAGGUCUUCAAUUGCCUAGUGAAGAAAUCCAAGGCGAGAUUUUAUUUCUUCUUUACAAGAUAUGUUCUAUUCAGCACGAAUAUGUUGGUAGUAACAAUGGUGAUCUCUUAUGUGGUCACUCUUCAAAGAUCUUACGUUUGUCAUUAGAAGCCCUAUUGAAGACCCAUCGUGAUGAUGUCCGCAUGAACUGCGUAGCAUUGUUGUCCGUGCUUGCACGAAGAGGGUUCUUUGAGAAUGCAUUGGAAAAUGAGAAGGAAUAUCUUGAAGCAGACAAUUUUAUGGAAACAACUGAGCAUGAACUAGAAAAGACCCCUCUGAAUCUCUUGUUUGCUGAAGCCAUAAAAUCACCACUGCUUUCUUCAGAUUCCGAGGUCCAGACUGCCACAUUGGAUUUAAUUGUCCUGUAUUUGAGUGGAGGUGUUACUGAAAAAGAGGUCCAAGUUCUGGUUGAGGAGAAUAUUGCCGACUACAUUUUUGAAAUUUUAAGAUUGUAUGGGUGCAAAAAGGAUUCUGUUGUUACCUCAUCUUUACAGGCUCUUGAUCUGUUGUCAGCGGCAGAGGUAGCAUUCAAGCAAAGGCUUGCUGUUGGGUUCUCAACAUUGGUUCCCGUCCUUCGUUAUGUUGCUGAAGUUCCCUUUCAUCCUGCUCAAUGUCAAUCAUUAAAGCUUGUAUCAGAAUGUCUUUCAAACUGUCCUGGAAUCAUUUCAAGUCUCAAUAUCGAAGAAAUAAGUAUCAUAAUGACAGCAGUGCUCAAGAAACACAUUGACGGAGAGGCCAACAUGCUUCCAGAAACAUUCACCCUAGUUUGCACAGUCCUUGUAGCUCUCAUGAAAUCCCCAUCUUCUCAUGGAACUCUAAGUAUUGCCAAAUCACUACAAGAUGCAUCAAGAUACACCAUUGGAAUUUGCUUGAGUUAUUAUGGAGAAUAUUGUGGUCAAGUGCUAGACUCCCUCUACUUACUGAAAGAGGCAUAUGAAUAUAGUUUUGAAGGAAACCCCACAGAUUCCAACUAUUUGGGAUUACGUAACUGUAUAUUAGACAUAUGUGAAACUAAACUGUUGCCUUGGGUUUCCACGAGCAUUAAUGAGAUCAACGGGGAUAUUGUCUUGGGUGUACUUGAGAUAUUUCACUCAUUACUGAUUCAGUCUGAUUUCCAUCCAAAGAAAUUUGUAGGUGUUCUAGUAUCAUCCUCUUGGUUCAGUUUUUCAUUUGGAUGUUUAGGCCUUUUUCCUACUGAGAAGAUGAAAUGGAGAGUUUAUUUUUUAUUGAGUUCUAUCUUGGAUAUGCUUCUUGGGAAUGACUCUGGCCAACCCAUAAGAGAUGUUACUUUACAUCUUCCAUCUGAUCCUAUGGAUCUAUUGUAUUUGUUGGGGCAAAAGGGUUCUUAUAAUCAGGAAGUUUUUGGUUGUCAAUCUGCAGUUCUGCUGAUCCUAUAUGCCAGCUCCUUGUACGAUGACAGGCUUGCAGAUGACCGGAUGGUAUUAGCUUCUCUGGAGCAAUAUAUAUUGCUUAAUAAUUCUGAGAUCUUUGGUGGAGUUGUCGAACCACUGACAAUGGCAGUACUCAUAAAUUUGUAUGGCCUUUAUAGAGGUCUGGCCAAGAUAAGUUACCAAAUACCAUAUAGUCUGGAGACCGAAAGUACCCUCUUCAAUCUUAUGGCAGAAAAACAAUAUGAAUUUCUUUCAAUUAGAAUUCACAUGAGAGCACUGAAAUGGUUUUUUCAACAAGAAAGAAUUUGUGAAUAUAUAUCUGGCCAGAUUCUAAGGUGGUGUAGAAGAUGCAUUGUGUAUGGAAAUCAGAUUGUUGCUUCCAAUAAUACUGAAACUGUAAAUUUUAAGGAACUUGCUGAGUUGGUAGCAUCUGGGGACAACUAUGGAGCAAAACUACUGGUGUGUUUGUUGGGGGAGCUCGUAGAAGAAAACGGGCAUGAAAAUGACAUCAUUUUAUUAAUUAAUAUGAUUUCAGAAAUCAUUGCCUUAUAUCCAGCUGCUUCAGAGCAAUUAUGCUUAAAUGGCAUAGCCCUUGCAAUCCAGAAUCUUUAUCAACAUUUUUCUUAUUCUGCAGAGAUAUUCAAUGUUACUAGUCAACUAGCUUUUACAAUAUUACAUUCGGCUCCCUCGGAAUCACUUUCUGAUGAUGAACUGUGGGUGACAGUAGCAACAGAGUUAAUGCACUACAUACUUUCCUCAAUCGCUGAAAUUGGAUGCAGUCAAGAAGCCCUCCUAGUGAUGGGGAUAUUUUCCCUAAUUUUGUAUCAUUCACUUCAUCAAAAUCUGGUAGAAGCUUCCAAGACCAUACUUCUAAACACUCAAUGGAUUUCACUAGUUAACAAAAUGAUCCAUGAAGCUUGUUUAAAAGGACCUGCACUGUUUGAUCAUGAUGAGGCAACACAAACGGGAGAAGGCAUAAUAUUUUUGCUCUUAUUAAACUUCUUCUGUCUCAGAAGUGUUCAAGCUGUCCUGCCAGGGAUUGAAGAUGCACAAAACUUGCUUGAUGGUGAAACGAGAAAUCAACUGUCUUCAUUCUAUAUCAGCAUUCAUUGUCAUGAUUUGUGCAGACUGUUACAUUUUGGAUCGACUUCAGUCAAAUUGGUAUCUUCGUACUGUCUACUCGAACUAUUACAGAGAAUAACAGAACAAAAAAGGAAAGAACCAGAUAAGGUCAAACAAAAUGCGCAUCAUAUACUGUCCAUAACCUCUGUUCUUCAAGGCCUAAUUUUCCACAGUGAUAUUAGGAUCGCCAUGAAUUGUGCCCUCUGUAUAGUAAUGACUAUGGAUUGGGAAACACAAGUUGAAAAGGACAAUUGGUAUAGAUUGAUAACCGAAGAGUUGGUAACGAUUUUGGCUGUUCCCGGUUUGACAUCAAAAUCUAUUAUGAUUCAUCACAAGCCAGCAGUUUAUAUAGCUGUAUCAUUGCUAAAACUGCAGCAUGUUCCUCCAUGGAUGUCCACCCUCUUUGAUGAUUCUUGUAUUAGUGGUAUCAUACAGAACCUUUCACCAACUAAUGUGACUCGCGAGAUGGUGUUGUUGUUUCGUGAGCUUCUUCGCUCAGGGCUUCUCAACUCUAAUCAGAUUGCUUGCCUAAAUCAGAUCUUCCAGGCCUGCAGAAAACGUGUUUACUCAAAUGGCAACACUGAGGACAAGGAGAAGAUGCUUGUAUUCCCACAUGAUCUUGAAAAAGUAUAUGACGUCCUCAUAAAUCUCAUUUCACCCGAAUCAUCUUCAAAUGAUGGAUUGUUGGAAGAAAUAGAUUUAUUCUGCCAAACUCCAAUGGAGGCGGAAUAACAGAUCAUAUCGUUUGAA